GGCGUUCUCUCUUUCACGCUCGAGUGUCAACUAUAAAGUUACUAUAAUACUGUCUAAAUUGGAAACAUUUUGUGUUAACGAUUUUGAAUAUUAUUGUACCGAAAUAAUUAAUCAUAUUAUUAAAAAUGGCAAUGCAUUCUGCAGUUAAGGGUAAACUAUUAGCUGUGAUCGGAGACGAAGAUACGUGCGUUGGUUUCUUGUUAGGUGGUAUCGGCGAAAUAAACAAACACAGACACUCAAAUUUCAUGGUUGUUGACAAAAAUACAGCAAUAAUUGAUAUUGAAGAAUGUUUCAAAGGAUUUGUCAAACGGGAUGACAUUGACAUAAUACUUAUCAACCAAAAUGUUGCUGAAAUGAUUCGUCAUGUAAUUGAAGGACACACACAACCAAUUCCAGCUGUCCUGGAAAUUCCUUCCAAGGAUCACCCAUAUGACGCUAGUAAAGAUUCAAUUUUGCGUCGUGCUAAAGGAAUGUUUAAUCCAGAGGAUGUAUGAUAAAUUCAUUUACCAAAUUGUUUUAUCAUUUGUUUUUAUUGUUAGAUUGGUCACUUUUAUUUUAACAUUCCAUUUCAAAUUAUUUAUUAUAUA